AUGAAUUCCAUGAAGUGUUGCUCUCUGUGUUCUCCUACAUCUUCCAACCACAAAGUGGAGCUUGCCGACUCGGGACUCGGAGCACUUUCUGGUAUAAGACCUAACACUUGGCUAUUUGUCCCAGCGACGAUCCACGUUUUGCUGCUUCGCUGCUGCGCCUUUUUCUUUCUAAAUAUUUUGGAUAAAAUGAAAUUUUUUGGAGCGGCAGCGCUGCUUUCUUUGAAUGUGACUUCUGAUGAGAAGAAUCAUGCUUUCGAUAUCCCAUCAUCUCUAUCCUUCUCCAAGCGCCAUCGCAUUCGCACACGCCGUGGCACUGAAUUGUCUGCCACGUUCAUCAACCGCUGCUCUUAA